AUGAAGUUCACAAUCUCGCUACUCGCCUUCGCCAGCGUCGCCCUUGUCGGCGCCCAAAGCCCGCUGGAUCAGCUCGCGACUCUGCCACAAUGCGUGCAGACUUGCAUUCUCAACGGGAUCACCGCGCAGACUGACUGUCCAGUAACCGAUCCAGCAGUCGCGGAGUGUCUCUGCAAGAAUCAGGCAUACUACGACUCGACAAACAAAUGCGUCGCCACCUGCACACCAGAAGAGCAGCAAGCGGCGGCACAAUACGCGAUCCAAGCCUGCCCGAACGGCGGCAUCGCCGUCGAUGCUGCAAACAACGCCACCUCAUUAGCAGGGGGCGCGGCCUCGACUGUCAGCAGUGCGGCUUCUAGUGCGAGUGCUGCAGCUUCCUCCGCGGCUUCGUCCGUGGCUUCCUCCGCUAGUGCCGCGGAGAGCUCCGCCUCGUCUGCCGUUGAGAGUGUCGCGAGCUCCGCGAGUUCGGCUGCGAGCUCUGCGAGUGCGUCUGUGGCUUCUGCUACCUCUGGCGGCUACGCGGCUCCGACUGCGAUGGUCGCGGGUGGUAUGAAGGUUCUGGGUGCACUGGGGUUGGCUGUUGCUGCUUUGUAA